CCCUCCGUCGCGUGUCAGCUGAUUAGGGAUUGGCAGGACGCAUGACUCCAGCCAGCGAGCUCUGUCCACUGCUGAAGAAGGAAGCGGGUGGGUGCAGUGGAACCUGUUUUCCAUUUUGACUGGGAGAGAGCCGGAGUGCUGUGCGGAGUCUCAUCAGUGUAGUUUGGCUGUCCAAGGUGGCUUCAGGAGAGUGACUCACGCCACACAGCAUGGGGUCUGAUGAGUCAUACAACUUUGUCUUCAAAGUGGUUUUGAUAGGAGAGUCUGGAGUUGGGAAGAGCAACCUUCUUGCCCGGUUCACCAAAAACGAGUUCAAUCAUGACAGUCGCACCACCAUCGGCGUGGAGUUCAGCACCCGCACCAUUCAGCUGGACAACUACAUCAUCAAGGCGCAGAUCUGGGACACAGCAGGACUGGAGCGUUACCGGGCCAUCACCUCGGCGUAUUACAGGGGAGCAGUGGGAGCCCUGCUGGUGUACGACAUCACCAAACAACCAACCUACGAGAGCGCGGAGCGCUGGCUGAAGGAGCUGUAUGACCACGCUGACCCCCACAUGGUAGUCAUGCUGGUGGGGAACAAGACUGACCUGGAGAGCAUUCGAACCGUGCCCACUGAGGAGGCCAAGGACUUUGCAGAGAAAAACAAUCUAAUGUUCAUGGAGACCUCAGCGAUGGACUCCACCAAUGUUGAAGAAGCUUUCAAUGAAGUUCUCACAGAGAUCCACAGGAAAGUGGCCAGCAGAGAAGUCACCCGGGGCUCCAUCAGCGCCGUCACGCUGUCCAGUCCCAAUGGACCCGCCAGCGAGGCGCAGGCCGGGCGGCGAGGCUGCUGCAAAAGCUAGUAACAGACUGCUGUCCACAGAAUCAAGCCAUGUUGAAACACAAACCACAGUGUGGAUUUGGAACGGCCUUCGCUUUUAGUCUUUUUCGAUUGGCUGCCUAAAUUCCCUCUUCAACGUUUUCUCCUGUAUCGAUAACUACUGUGCUACUUAAUAAUAAUGACGGAACAUAUUGUUGUAAGCAUUGUCUGACACAAAGAAACUUCAGAUGCGAAUUAAGGAGAAGAGAUCCUGCUAUUUAUUGACAUGAUUUAGAGUCAGUUUCAGACUUCCUCAGUUUGUUUUUGGGUUGAACCCAAAUGUCAAGAAGCAUUUUUAUUUGUUUUGGAUUUUUAAAAGCCUUGUUCCACAGUGUGUGUUGAAGAUGCGCUCCGUUUUUAAAGAACUGAAAUUCACAUUGACUAAAUAAUGUUGUUUUU